AUGGGUUGGAUGGACAAGACCAACCGCAAGAUUGCGGCCAGUCCUGUUGGACGUUGGUUCCAACUCGAGGGUUCCGGUCAUCCUCGUGAGCGCAAGGGCUCUCUCUUCUUCACUGAGAUCCGAGCUGGUCUCGCCACCUUUUUCGCUAUGGCCUACAUUAUUGCUGUCAACUCCUCGAUUGUUUCUGAAUCUGGUGGUCCAUGUGUUUGCCCUACUUACAAGGACGGCGCUUGCGUCCCCGACGAAGCUUACCAGCUGUGUGUUGCCGAGGUCAAGCGUGAUGCUGUCACUGCUACUGCUGCCAUUUCUGCUCUGGCUACUUUCUUCAUGGGUUUGCUUGCCAACCUUCCCGUCGGUCUCGCUCCCGGUAUGGGUCUCAAUGCCUACUUCACCUACACCGUCGUUGGCCCCAGCGGCUCUGGCCCCGUCCCUUAUGAGCUUGCCCUUACAGCCAUCUUCAUUGAAGGCUUCAUCUUCUUCGGUCUUGCUCUCUUCGGUAUGCGUCAAUGGCUUGCUCGCGCCAUCCCCCGCUGCAUCAAGCUCGCCACUAGUGUCGGUAUCGGUCUGUUCUUGACGCUCAUCGGUCUCACUUAUAGCGAGGGUAUCGGUCUGAUCGUUGGUGCCGUUUCCACUCCUAUGGAACUCGCGGGUUGUGAGUCGCAAUAUCGGGACCCUGACACCGGUCUGUGCCCUUCCUCGCAGAAGAUGAGAAGUCCUACCCUGUGGAUCGGUAUCUUCUGUGGCGGUAUCUUCACCGUAUUGCUCAUGAUGUACCGCGUCAAGGGUGCCAUCAUUGCUGGUAUUCUUCUUGUCAGCAUCAUCUCCUGGCCACGAGACACCCCCGUGUCAUAUUUCCCCUACGAUGCCCUUGGUGACGACCGAUUCAACUUCUUCAAGAAGGUUGUCGAUUUCCAUGAGAUUAAGAAGACCCUUAACGUCCUCCAGUUCAACAUUUCUGGUCACAGUGGUCAGUUCGGUCUUGCGCUCAUCACCUUCUUGUAUGUCGAUAUCCUGGAUUGUACCGGUACUCUGUAUGGUAUGGCUCGUUUCGCCAACCUCGUCGACCCCGUUACUCAGGACUUUGAGGGCUCCUCAAUUGCCUACAUGGUUGACGCCCUCAGCAUUUCCAUUGGCGCUGUUUUCGGUGUUCCCCCUGUCACUGCUUUUGUCGAGUCUGGCGCCGGUAUUUCUGAGGGUGGAAAGACUGGUCUGACCGCCAUGGCUGCCGGCAUCUGCUUCUUCAUUUCCAUCUUCUUUGCGCCCAUUUUUGCUUCCAUCCCCCCCUGGGCUACCGGCUGCGUUCUGAUUCUUGUUGGUUCCAUGAUGGUUGGCGCGGUUACUGAGAUCAACUGGCGUUACAUGGGUGAUGCCGUUCCUGCUUUCCUCACCAUUGCGAUCAUGCCUUUUGCGUACUCCAUUGCUGAUGGUCUGAUUGCUGGUAUCUGCACAUAUAUAUUGAUCAACACCGUCGUUUUGGUUAUCAAGGUUGUUUCCGGUGGUCGUAUUGUGCCUCCCAACUAUGAGGAGAGAGAUGGUUGGACUUGGCGCAUUCCCGGUGGUUUCUUGCCCCCUUGGUUGAACCGUCUGGCCCACGGAAAGAAGGACUUUUGGCGUGAGGAGUUCCCCCCUGCUGCCAAUGACACUACUGUGAACCAAAACGCUGUUCCCGAGGAGACUGGUUCUGAUCAUGGUGGAUCCGAGGGCGGUAAGGUGCCUGAGACUACUCUCCCCCGUGAGAAGGAGACUUGA